UGAAGUUGGCGAGGAAAACUGCCUUGGCGUUCCCGAGUUGUAAGUAAACACAAGUCGCGCCGGCCAAAUUCGGUCCCAACCUUGAGCUGGUGGGCCGCGGGAGUUUGCGGCACGGGCCCCUGGGGAUCAUCCCCCCUCCUUCCGUGGUAGCAUUGUUGAAGAUUACUCAGUUGUGCCGCAUUCACAAUCGCUCUCUCCUCCUUCUCCUCCUUCCUCAGCCGCAGCUCGCCUUCCGGUAACAGUUUUUCAAAAUGCCCACUACUCGCAAGGAGUUCGAGACCGUUUUCCCGCAAUUGGUCGAGGAUGUGCUCGACCAUUGCAGGCAGUACAACCUUCCCGACAAUGCGCUCGAGUGGUUCAAGAAGAACCUCAACCACAACACCGUCGGCGGGAAAUACAACCGUGGCAUGUCCGUCGUCGACACGUCGAGCCUCCUCCUCGGCCGCGACCUCUCCAAGGACGAGUACUUCAACUCGGCGACGCUGGGAUGGAUGAUUGAGCUUCUCCAGGCCUUCUUCCUCGUCUCGGACGACAUCAUGGACUCGUCCAAGACGCGUCGUGGCAGCCCUUGCUGGUACCUGAUGCCCGAGGUUGGCAUGAUUGCUAUCAACGACGCCUUCAUGCUCGAGGCUGCCAUAUUCCUGCUUCUCAAGAAGUACUUCCGCCAGAACAAGAACUACGUCGACCUGAUGGAGCUCUUCCACGAGGUCACUUUCCAGACCGAGCUGGGCCAGGCCUGUGAUCUGAUCACUGCGCCCGAGGACAAGGUGGAUUUGGACAACUUCAGUCUGGAGAAGUACACCUUCAUUGUCAUCUACAAGACCGCCUACUACAGCUUCUACCUGCCCGUCGCGCUGGCGCUGUACUUCUGCGACAAGGCGACGCCCAAGAACCUGCAGACUGCGCGUGACAUUCUCAUCCCCAUGGGUGAGUACUUCCAGGUUCAGGACGACUACCUCGACAACUUCGCCGACCCCGAGACCCUGGGUAAGAUUGGCACCGACAUCCAGGACAACAAGUGCUCUUGGCUCGUCAACCAGGCGCUCAAGCGUGCCAGCCCCGAGCAGCGCAAGGUGCUUGAGGAGAAUUAUGGCCGCAAGGACCAGGCCUGCGAGGCCCGCGUCAAGGAGUUGUACAACGAGCUUCAGCUCGAGAAGGUGUACCAGGAGUACGAGGAGAGCCGUGUCGGCGAGAUCAGGGACCUGAUCUCCAAGAUCGACGAGUCCGAGGGCCUGAAGAAGGAGGUCUUUGAGGAGUUCCUCAGGAAGAUCUACAAGCGCAGCAAAUAAGCGCAGACGUAGUUUAGAUUAGUCACGCCAUCUGCAUGAGAGCAUGAAAUGGCGUUCUCGGAGGCCGAAGAUAGAGGUUUUUAAUAGAAGAGCGGAUACCCAUUGAUGAUUGGGAAUCGUGGUUGUUUGUGAUACAGUUUGGCGGGGCAAUUGUUGGUCAACAACUAGGUGUGCACGCGGGUACUGAACACUCGGGAGUGACAGUACUACUCCUACACCAUGGCGGUGUGUCGCAAGGCGAGUUCCAAGUAACACUCCACGUGGAUAGAUCGACUGUCUUUUACAAUAACAGCAACUCGGCCG